AUGGCAUCCCGUAGACUGCUGGUCGACAUCCAUACCCAUGUCUACUUGCCGCGUUAUGCCUCCAUACUUCGUUCGCGUGAUAGUGCUCCUCGCAUAUCAACAGGAAAGUCUGGUGAAGAGCGCUUGCUUAUCUUGGAUAAUGAACCGAGCGGCGGACGACCUGUUGGGCCCCAGUACUGGGACAGGGAGGAAAAGCUUCAAUUCAUGUCGAAACAUUCCAUCGACAUUUCCGUAGUGAGCUCUGCAAACCCUUGGCUAGACUUCCUACCCCCGCGCGACGCAUCGAUACUCGCUCAGAAUCUCAACGAAGACCUAGAAGCGUACUGUUCCACAUCACCCACCGUUGCAGGUUGCGCGUUGCGCCAGCUGUACGGGUUCGGUCUUUUGCCUCUUGUACCCGGCGUAACAACGACGGACCUCCUCAAAGCCGUGGAGCAAGUUAGCAAGCUGCCACAUCUCAAGGGCAUCAUUAUGGGUACACGAGGUAUCGGCAGAGGGCUUGACGAUGAUGCUCUGGAACCUGUAUGGGCUGCAAUCGAACAGUCGGGCUUAGUCGCCUUCUUGCAUCCGCAUUACGGCGUCGGAACAGAACAAUGGGGAGAGAAACCCAAUGGUCACGUCCUACCGUUGUCUCUUGGCUUCCCCUUCGAAACCACUAUCGCAACGACGCGUCUGAUACUUUCCGGUACUUUCGACCGCUAUCCUGCUCUUCGUCUCCUGCUCGCCCACUCCGGUGGAGCGUUACCUCAACUGUCGUCCAGACUUGCCUCGUGCAUUGACCAUGACCCCGUCGUGGCUUUGCGGCUGAAACACGAUGCUAGACAUUACCUAGGCAAACUCUAUUUCGAUGCGGUGGCGUAUGGUCCGGAAGAGCUGGGGUUUGUCAGCGAUGUCAUUGCACGGGCUGCAAAGUAUACCGGAUUGUCCGAGAGAGACCGGUCCUUCGGCAGCAAACGGAUAAUGUUUGGUACUGAUCACCCUUUCUUCCCUCCCCUUACGACCACGGACAAAUGGCAGAGCGUGGUGGAGAAUUUGGAUGCUAUAGCAGAUGUCCGGGGAUGGAGCGAUGAAGCCAAAGCUGGGGUUAGAGGCGGCAACGCGUUAGAACUAUUCGGGCUUCUACAAACUGUCUGA